AAAUAGCAGCAGGAAACAAAAUUUCAAGGCAUUCCGGAAAAUUCGACAGAAGUGUAACUAAAAGUGUUGAACUGCAUCUAAAUGGCCAGCAUAUCGUUUAAGGGUCGACCCACCCAGGUGUUGCACACCUAUCAAGUUUGGCGCAUUGGCAGCGAUGAAAACGACAAGAGUCUUGACUAUUAUUCGCCCGAUAAGUCGUUGCAUAAGUUGCAUGCCAGCUUGACGCGCAGCGAGAAUGCAUUGAUUUUGGAUAACGAAAGUCGCAUCGGAUGUGUAGCCGUAAAUGGGACAAGGAUCGGUGGUCCGAUGAUCAUUACCUAUCGCGAUGCCAUCAAUGGCAUUGUUAAGCUCCGAUUUGGCAAUAUCGAGGGAUAUCUUCGCGUAUCGGGGAGCAUCACCGGCUAACAAGCGUUAAAUCGCUUGUUCUUUUUGUAUCGAAUCGAACAUAUGCUUGAUUAAAGGAAUUAAAAUCAGCUUUCGUAUUUGAAU